CUGCACCCCCUUCCAAUCGAGGCCGCCCGUCGUCCGUCCGCGGCCUCCCAUUGGCUCGCUGUCUCCGGAGGCGGGGAGAGGGGGGCCGGGCAUCUGCCUUACUCUUGGCCAAUCGCCGGGCCCACCGCGCGCGCCCCUGGUUGCCCCUGGAAACCCAACAGCCGGCGUCCGGGAUCGGUAGUGCCUGCGGAGCUGGGGAAGGAUGGACGGCCUCUCCGAGCACCCUGGGGACCCCGAGGCGGAAGACGGAGAUGUGGCGAGCCUGUCCUCGAAGCUGUCCGGGGUCAAGGCCAUCUCAGGCCUCCAGUCCCCGGCCGAACCGCCGGAGCCGGAGUCGCAACCGGAGCAGGGGACCGUAGAGGCUUCGGCAGGAGGCGCCGCCGAGGAUGAGCCCGCCGAGCCCCGGGAAGGGCCGGCGGCCACGGAGGCUGGGGGCGAGGCGGAGCCCGGAGGGCCGGAGUGGCCGGCCGAGCUCGAGCCCCAGCCGGAACCCGAGCCCCCGGAGCCGGCUGAGGCCGGGCCUGAGGAGACAGCCCAGCCGGGGCCUGAAGACGGGCUCGCGGAACCGGAGGAGCAGGCGGAGGCAGAGACGGAGGAGGAGGGGGACAGGGAGGUGGACGAGGAGGAGGAGGAGGAGGAGGAGAAGGAAAGAGAGAAGGUGGCGGCAGCGGCGGUCCAGCGCAGGAGGAAGGAAGCCCCGUCUCAGGUCUCUCUGCCUCUGUCCACCACCGGCCGGGAAGAGGCUGUGUCAGCUCGGGAGGCCGAGGGGGAGGAGAGGCAGGGGGCGGAGAGCGAGGAAAUGGAGGAGCUGGGCCUGCUAAGAAGCCCGCGGAGAAGCCAGGUAAAGCUGAAAGAUGAGGAGGAGAGCCUCGACGAUGAGGACGGUGAAUGGACCGAAGAGGUGCAGAGGCUGCAGGAGCAGCAGCUGCGCGCUGAGCUCCUGCAACAGUACCAGUCGCUGGUGGCGGAGCGCGGCCACUACCAGCGCUACAACAUUUACCUGCAGCACAAGAUCUCCGAGGCGCUGCGCAAGAAGAAGGGCCCGGAUGCAGCCCAGGUGCCCGACAAGGGCGCGGAGCCCGAGGCCCCGGGGAAAGAGCAAGCGUACCUGCGCUAUCUGGCCAUGCUGGAGGAGCUGAGGAAGCAGCGGGCGGACGACCUGGACUGGUAUCACCAGGAGCUGGAGCAGCUGAAGCGGGAGGGCACGGAGGAGCGCGCCAGGGUGGAGAAGGAAUGGCGAGCCUUCCAGGCGCUCAAGAAGCAGGUGACGGUGCAGGCCAUGGGCGGCUCCUGGAUGAGGGGCGGUCGCCAGGCCGCCCUGCGGCAGGUGGGGCAGAUCCAGGCGCUGGAGGACAAGAAGGAGAAGGAGAUGAGCGCCGUGAGGCUAGAGAACGUGCAGCUGAAACAGAGCUUGGCGCAUCUCGAGACCCGGAUGAGGGCCCAGGAGGACCUGACGGAGGGUCUGCUCCUCAUCGAUUUCGAACAGCUCAAGAUUGAGAACCAGACGUUCAAUGAAAAAGUCGAGGAGCGAAAUGAGGAACUUUUAAAACUGCGCAACAAGGUGACCCGCAACGUGCAAAUCGUGACCCACGUGAAGGAAAAGCUACACUUCGUGGAUUUGCAAAACGCAUGCAAGAAGUCACAGCUUUUGGAGAUUGAGGCUCAGGUAGCCCUAAGGAGGGACAUCUUGACCAAGACUAAGAAGGCCCGGGACGGCCUGAGGAUUGACAACAUCAAGUUGAACCAGAAGUGUGGGCUUCUGGGCAAGGAGCCACUCCUUUGCGACCUGGAAGAGAAAGUGGACAAGGCAAAACUGCUCAGGCAGCGUCUGGAAUCCCUGAAGCGCCAUCACGCCAGGCUCAUUAUGUCCUGCAGAGGCGUGAAGCAGAAGAUGCGGGAAGCCAAAGCCUUUCUCCCAUCUUAACACACACGAUGAUGGGAAGGGCCGGCAGAGCGCCUUCCAUCGCAGCGACUCUCCUCCCUCGUGAAACCCGAUUCUCCGCUCGUGGCCAUCUUUAAAAGGCCUACAAUAUUGGGAAUGGGGCUGUAUUUUGUAUCGACCUCAUCAUUUUUCAGCUUCCAAGUCCGCCCUGAGAGCAAAAUUGGGUUAACGGUCGGUUUUACAUGGCGUUAACUAAAAUAGGCCCAGGGAAACACACACCAGGGAUGGCUCGGUGUCCCGAACGUCUCACAAGAAGCUGUCUUUUAAAAAGCCUUUCCUUACCUGAGAAAUUCCAUAAUUUCAACGCCCCAAUCCCGAGAAAAAUGGUUCCUCCUCCGCGUGUGGGAGGGUCUGACAAAUAGGCAGGGGACCAAGAAAUUUCCUGUGCACGCCAAUUAUUAAAUCCCCUUCGAAUUUUUAAAAUAUGUAGUCCUGAACAUUUAAAAUGUGUAGUACAUUCCCAAUUCAAAGCUCCCUGAUUACUUUAGAUGAAUCUAAAACUGUGGUGUGUGUAGGCAGCACUAGCGACUGGGUAACAAACAAGACGCAGGAAACAGGAGAAAUGAUACAUAGGAAAAGGAGCUGUGGUUUUGUCCUCUUGCCUUUUGCCAUGAGAGGGGGCUCAGUCUGCUUGACCGUUCACGUUUGUUUCUGGCUCAAUGACGGUCUUCAAUUCUAAUGAAAUGUUUUCUUGGAUCCUCUAAAGAAACACAUUUGUCUAUACAAAAACAUGCACUUUUAUUUUCCAGUGAAGACAAAACGAUGAUUGUAUUGCGUUUGGCCAGGUGCACAAUACAGGGAAUAGUGACUAC